AGAAGAAAAAAAACAAGAAAAAGAAAAACAAAGAAAGAGAAAGAGAAAGAAAAAUACAUAUCUAUAUAUAAAGAAAGAAAUAUGCCCACACAAACUCCUCCCCCCAAAAAAACUCUCGAAGGACAAACAAUAACACGCCGAAUGGAGAAAGAGAAGAUGAGACAGGCAGAAGACGGUAGGAAGUUGUUUGGCUGCAGAAGGAGAAGGGAGGACACAGGAGAAAUCAGUAGGAAAGAAGUAACAGGAAAGAACGAGGGGGGGGGGGGGCAAAGGGGAAUAUAGCCAGGGAAGGUCACCACGCCCCCUCGAUGCUCCUCCCUUACCCAGAGCUCCUCCGGCGCGUCGUCAGAGCGGGGAGUCUGCAUUCGAACCCGCAGCUGGCAGGAUCUCCCUAAUCUCGCGUCAGUCCUUGCGAUCGCGGGUCUUCUGAGAAAGAGCUCGUUUGUGCUCGUAGAAGUCUUCACAGGGGACCAACAUGGCGCCCUCGGAGAACACGGCCGCCCUCCCCUCCGCACCGCCCGCCGCUCCCCCCCUGCAGAAGGCGCGGCAGGGGGACGAGGAGGAAAAAGCCCAGAGAAAGGAGCUGCUAUGGAAUGGCUUCUGGGCGACGGUCAUCUCCAUCGGCAGCCAUUUUUACGGCGACAUGACGGUGGCCAGCGCGCUCCCCAAGGACCCGCGACAGAACGCGUGGCUGCUCAUGUACUCUCCCUUGCCGACCCUCGCCCUCUGCCUCGUCUACAUCGCCUCCGUCACCUACGUGGGGCCUAAACUCAUGGCCGGCCGAAAGCCCUUCUCGAAUCUCCGGUCCGUCAUGAUGGCUUACAACGCCUUCCAGGUCGUCUUCUCGGCUUACAUUUUCUAUGAGUCCGGUAUGGGCGGCUGGUUCGGGUCCUACUCGUUCAUCUGCCAGACCUGCGACUUUUCUGAAGAACCGCAGUCUGUCAGGAUCAUGCAUGCCGGUUAUUGGUACCUGUUCUCGAAGUUCAUCGAUUUCAUUGACACGAUUUUCUUCGUGCUGCACAAGAAAUACGAGCACAUCUCGCUUCUCCACGUGUGCCACCAUUCCCUUAUGCCCAUCAGCCUGUGGUAUGGCAUUCGGUUCCAGCCUGGCGGCCAUGCAACUCUCGGAGGGUUCCUAAAUGCCUUCGUCCACGUCGUCAUGUACGGCUACUACCUCCUGGCCGCCAUGGGCCCCAAAGUCAGGCCGUACUUGUGGUGGAAGAAGUACCUGACGACGAUGCAGAUGGUCCAGUUCACCGCCGUCUUUCUGCACAGUAUGAUGCUGGCUUUCAUCGAGUGUGAGGUUCCGUCCGUGCUGGUGAGGUGGGCUGCGAGUGUGGCCGCCUUGUUCUUCGUCCUUUUCGGAGACUUCUACAUCAAAGCCUACAGGAAGAAGGACAAGAAAGCGGUGAAAAGCGAUGCCUCUAUUUCGCUCAAAAACGGCCACGCAAAUGGAGUGUCCAACGGCGUGCCUAGCGGUGCUGUGGCCAAGGAGAACAACGGCGUUCCUAACGGCGCUUUGGCCAAGGACAACAACGGCGUGCCAAAAGUACCUUUCGACGGAACGACAGUCUCGGUCAUGGCAUACGAGGGCAUGACAGUGAGGAAUCGAGGAGAAAUUUGAUGUUCGCACGUUCCAAAAUCCAUGAAUCCAGAUCGUAUCUACCUAUAUUUUUUUCGUAAGGAAUCUCGUCAUCGACUGCAGCCCUUGCUUGCUCUGCAUCCUCGUUCUCUUGCCGUUGUCAUUACAUAUCAAUGAGACCGUUUUGUUAACCUUCAGGUGUACAUCAUUCUUUUGUCUUCAUCAAUCGAUAUAAACAACAGUAUUAAAAAUAUAUAUCUUUAGAAAUUUAUAAUGACAUGGAUUAUAACGAUUCAACCCCGCUCCCCACAAAAAAAAAAAAAAAAAAAAUCGGAAAUCAGUAAGCCAUAUAUCCUUUUUAUUUUUCAUUCUCAUAAUCCCAGGAGAAAACGCUUUCCUUGUCCCUAGAAAUCUCCCCUAUUCACUCUACAAUUAAGCAAUAUAUCAUAUAUUAUAUAUUAUAUUAUACAUCACAUAGCACUGUUCUAUAUCGCAAGGUGAAGACACAUAUAGACAGUGGGCAUUAAACUGUCUUUUUGUUUCACUUUUUUGUAUUGUUUUGUUUUCACUGUCAUUUUGUACAGAGCCUUUUUCACUAAAAUCACUGGCCCGUCACUUUCCCGACUGACAGGCUGAGAUCUCUUGUAUUUCAGUAUUUUUAUUUUCAUUCUUCUUUUUCAGCAAAAUGUAAACGUAAGCUGGAAAUGCAAAGUCACUGUCCGCUAUUACACGAUUGCAGUGCGCGAGUAAACGCCUUAAAUUUUUUUUCUGUCUCUGAAAGAAAGAAAGAGAGAGAGAGAGAAAGAAAGAAAGAAAAAAAAGGAAGGGAAGAAAGAAAGAAAGAAAAAACCGGCACAGCAUAUACUUGCUUGACUUGCUUUUUUCUAACUUGAAUGUUUGAUGAAAUGACAAGGUUCUAAGUAAAUACAAAAAUAGGAUUAAAUCUCUAAACAGAUAAAGAACUUCUUUCUUUCUUUCUUUUUUCCUUAGCUUCCUGUACGAAGGAUCAGCUGAGAAUAUCCCGGACCUUAUGAUUUAAAUUAUUUAUAUUCACAGAGAGGAUAUUCAAGUCAAAAAUAGCCAAACGUGUUAUUACGUUCUCUUGCGCCAACACGAAAUUAGUGGUAAUGAUUAAAGUGAUAACUGGCCAACUUUAUCUGGAUGUAAUUGCCUGAACAGACACUCAGAGACAAACAGUCACACACACACACACACACACACACGCACACACACACACACACACACACACACACACACACACACACACACACACACACACACACACACA